AGUGUAGUGGCCAAAAUGAGCGGAAGUUCGAAUACAAAUUGUUCCAAGGAUCGGGCCAAGCCAGUGGAGACCCUAGUGUUGGCCAACUAUGCCCUAAAAGCCGAACAGAAGAAGGCCCAGGGUCAGGGUGGCCGAAAGGAAGAUGAACGCAUUACCAGUGCAGUGAUGAAGGUCCUUGAGGGUUACGACUGGAAUCUAGUUCAGGCUUCAGCCAAGGCGCCCACGGAUCGCAAGAAGGAGCACAUCAAGCGUCCGAUGAACGCCUUCAUGGUUUGGGCCCAGGCAGCCCGUCGGGUCAUGUCCAAGCAGUAUCCGCAUCUACAGAACUCGGAGCUCAGCAAAUCGCUGGGCAAACUCUGGAAAAAUCUUAAGGAUAGCGAUAAGAAACCUUUCAUGGAAUUCGCGGAGAAACUUCGGAUGACCCACAAGCAGGAGCAUCCCGACUACAAAUACCAGCCGCGUCGCAAGAAGGCUCGCGUCAUGCAACCACAAAGCCAAGGGGAAGGUGGAGUUCCUUCUGGAGCCGAUUUACCAUCAUCCAGUUCCAAUUCCAGCUCCAAGCCAAGGAGCAGCACUUCCACCAUGGCCAGCAAUGGCCAGAGGCGAGCUGGAAAAUCGGGAAGUGCAUCAGGAUUGGGCCUUUGUACAACGGCCAACUCUAGUUCCAAUUCAAGUGCAAAUUUGGUGCUGACCGGCAGCAGCAGCAGCAGCUCCGAUGUCUUCAGUAAUGAGGCCUUCAUGAAGUCCCUGAACAGUGCCUGUGCGGCCAGCCUGAUGGAGCAGGGUCUCAGUCUGGGCAGUGAAACCGGAUUGGAUUCACCCUGCUCUACGGGCAGUUCCCUCUCCUCGCUGACGCCCCCGGCCACGCCAUACAGUGGAGGCUCCUCCUCGGCGAACCUUGGCCGCUCCACAGUUGCUCCAGCUGCAGUAGCUUCAGGAGGCAAUAACCCAAGCCUCUUGCUGCGGCAACUGAGUGAGCCGGUGGCGAAUGGCUCUGGCCACGACUAUGGCGUCCUUAUGGAGGCCGGCAGGGAGUACAUAGCUCUGGGUGAGGUCAAUUACCAGGCACAGGCGACAGCAUCGGCGGCAGGUCAGGAAAUGGACUUCCUGGAGAAUAUAAAUGGAUAUGGCGGCUACGCGGGCGGAAGGGUGAGUUACCCAGGCUAUUCCUACACUGCAACUGGGGGAGGAUUUGGCACGGAGCAGCAGCAGCAUCACCACCAGCAGCAGCAGCAACAGUCUCAGCAGGCGUCACAGGCCAGUGGAGCCUUAAAUUACAAGCCCACCAGUGCCAACGUCUCCUCCUCCGCCGCUUCAGCCGCCGACAUCGAUCCCAAGGAAAUUGACCAGUAUCUCAUGGAUCAAAUGCUGCCCAUGACGCAUCACCAUUCACCGCCUUUGAACUCCUCCGCUUCGCUCUCCUCGGCCUGCUCCAGUGUCAGUUCGCAGCCGGUGGUGGAGUGUGCCGCCUACUAUGAGCACUUGGGCUAUCCCACAUCCACCACCUCCUCCUCCAUUGGUAAUCAGGGCUCCCAGGGCUCGCCCUUUGCCCCACAGCAGCCAUAUGCCAAUGCCAGUGGAGGAGUAACUGCCUCCCUGGCCCCCGCCUUGAGUGAGCAGCAGCAGGAGCUGCAGCAGCCACUGCAGGAGCAGCAUCAGCAUCAGCAACAGCAUCAGAAUCCAUCGCAGCAUCAUCUGUGGGGCACUUACACUUAUGUCAAUCCCUAAGCUACUUAAUUUGCACAUUUGUUGCCCUGCACAGAGAGAAAUAAUACUAAUAG